UAUUAAAAAAGAAAUUUUACACUACCACUUUAGAUGUAUCUUGGUCCCUAAUGAAGAUUUUUUAAUUAAAAGUUAAUAAUUUUAAAAAAGUAUAGUAAUUUAAAAAUAACUGAUAGCAAUCCUAAUUCUAUUUGGUUCUGGACUAGUAAUGGCAGUACUUGAUUGAUAAUUCAUAUAGAAGUGGGACAUUUGAAACAAUUAAAACGGAAAUUUUGGGUAAGUUUUUCUUAAUUAUAUAAUAUCAGGAUCGAUCAUACUGUUGAAGAAACCAUGUCAACGCCACCAACUACUCCAAACCUUGAGGUUGAGACAUCAAUAAACCUCUUUUUGAUUCUAGGUGUUAUUGCUUCUUUUCUGAUAGCAAUAAUUAUAGUUUAUAUCAUAAGUGCUUGCUACGAGAAAGCCAAGAGGCUGCUUCCACCCCAAGAUAUUGAAACUGGGGGCUUUCUCCCCCAAGCCAUGCAAGGCCAAGGCCAACCGCGGCGGCAGCAGCAGCAGCAGGCUUCAAAGCCGAUAAUCCUGGCGGGGGCUGUUGUUAUAUACAGGAAUAUUAAGGAAGAACCAGAAGAAGCAAAGUACUGCAGCAACGAGUGUGCGAUAUGCUUGGAAGAGUUCAAAGAAAGGGAUCGUUGCAGGAUUUUAUCCAAGUGCAAACAUAUCUACCAUAUUUGUUGUAUAGAUCGGUGGCUGCUCAAGGAGUUGCAUUGCCCGCUUUGUCGUGGUUCUAUCCAUGCUACAGUACCAACUAAUGUUCAAACUGCUUGAUUUUUUUUAAAUAUAUUUGAAUUAUUCAAGAUUGAAUUUUUUACUGAGAUUAAAAGUUAACCAGAAAGUAAAAAUUCAGCAUUAUCAUAUAUCACAAUAUCCCAUAUAUAUAUAUAUAUUAG